ACCAGAAUGAUCURAUGCACAGAAGGUUAAAGAACAGCUCUAAUCAGUUGGUCUACUAGAUGGUUAGUAUACUGUAAUAUCAUGAUAAACAUCCAUAGGUGGUCAGGAGUUUCUAUCAUACAACAAAAAAAACGACCACACCUUGAAUUUCUUUUCUAUCUAGUUACAUGGGAUUCUCCUUGCGAACAUACUAUUAAGAAAAAACUAGCGAAUGAUUUUAUACCAUCAAACUCAGAAACAAAUGGAAAUACUUCAUAAACUGAUGACACAGUGGAUGCCGGUGGAGAGUUUGAGCGUCGUCCUGUUUUGACCUUUUUUAUUUAUCAAUGCAAAGAUAGUUUUAUUGGAUUGUAUCGCUUUUASGAAUUAAGAUCUUAAAGGCUACAAAGAGAAAUCUGGUUUGYGAUUAUGUCAUUCAGGGUGUUUUUUAAAGCUUGCGUUCACUUAUUUUAUUGACCAAAGCUGAGAACCAAGGUAAACAAUGCGACCACACUCACAAGGACCUGAACUGAAAAGCAAUUAAUAUGUUGAGGAAUUCUGCGCCAAUUAAUUCGUAAGUCGGCCAGUUUUUAUUCGAAUUGAGAAAUAGAUGAACUCAAUAAUGGCAGGUUCACUAACCGCUAGUAAUCACUGAGAAUAUCUUAAUUAAUAUGUAUAUAUCAAGAGCUGAUAUAUCAAGGACUUGUAAUAUAUCGAUAAACACCUAUUGAGAAAUCGAUUUUCUUUCUUGUCAUGGGCUGUGGCUUAUCACAAAGUGGUGAUGAAGCUUAUCAUUUGUUGACUCAUGACUCGUUUUUUGCUUUAUAUAAAUCCAGAUUUGAAUAAAUCACAUCAAUGAUCGCAGAGGCUUAUAUUGGAGCGUCUAAUUAGCCAACCAGUUCUCGUCCAAGCCUUGAUGCUCAAGGAAUAAGGAUUGAUCUCGUUACCCAUCUUGGUGUUCUUGCCAUCCGUCUGUGAUUUUAUCCUGAAAAACCCUUGAAGUUGAAAGAUGGAAUUGUCUASAAGCAUCAAGCAAUUUAUAAUCAGCCUUUUCCUUUCAAGCUGUUGGCACGUGUUGAUUGACUCUAAAGAUGUCAUAGUUGAGACUAAUUUUGGCAAAAUACGAGGAUUAACGCGAUCUUUCCUUGGUGAAGAAGGUAGGAAACAAGAUGUACACAUGUUUCUUGGUGUUCCAUACGCUCGACCGCCUGUCAAACAACACCGAUUCAAACCUCCACAACCAACUAAUGCAUGGCAUCCUCAAGUACUCGAUGCAAGACGAUUUGGAAAUGUCUGCCCACAGACUAGAGAAUUCAUCAAUUACCUAAAUAAAUCCAUCAAGCGAAUUUGGCCGGAUUUCAGUUCUUAUGAUGAUGUUAGCGAGGACUGUUUGUACUUGAACAUCUUUGUUCCUGGAAGGAGUGAGGAGGAAGGAACGAGUGAGCAGCCAUUUCCUGUAUUGUUCUAUAUCCAUGGUGGUACUUACUUACUUGGUACACCAGCCCGUGACAAGACUCCUGGUCAUGUUCUUCCUGGACUUCACGGGAUUAUCUUAGUGACUAUCCAGUAUCGAUUAGGUCCAUUUGGCUUCUUUACCACAGGUGAUUCAGCUCUUCCUGGCAACAGCGGGAUGUUGGAUCAAGUGGCAGCAUUAACCUGGGUCAAUGAGAAUAUUGGUGUCUUUGGUGGUGAUCGUAAUCGUAUCACUAUCGCUGGUAACAGCGCAGGGGGGUCGAGUGUUGGUCUUCAUCUUCUUUCACCCCUCACCAAUGGUCUUUUUCAACGAGCCAUCAUGGAAAGCGGAGUGGAGUUCUCACCAUUUGCCAUUCUGCCACUUGAAAAAGCGGUUAAAAAAACCAAAGAGGUUGCUAAGAAACUACUUUGUGAUACCAGUAAUAGUAAGAAAAUGGUUCAGUGUCUGCAAACUAAAGACGUGACGGAUAUCUUGUACUACUAUGAACCGUUCCCGGGUCCUGUAGUAGACAAAUAUUAUUUACCUGACACACCCGAAAAUCUCAGGAAAAAGGCAAAGGCCAAGAAUGUGUCGGUAAUUAUGGGUUUUACAAAGCAUGAUGGCUUUCAUAUGAUCACCAUGUUAAAACUCCCAAAGUCUUUAAAUGACAAGUAUUUUCGUAAGGGAAUCGAAAGAACUAUUCAAAUACACAUAGAUAUUGACAAUAGUCUCUAUGCAAUGAGGCUGGCCGAUGCUCUAGAGUUUCAGUACUAUCCUUGGCAUAAAAUGGGUGACCCCAAAGCUUUAAAAGCUGCCUUGGUAAAACUUUCAACGGAUUAUUUCAUCAUUGGACCGACUUUUAAGGCAGCGAACUUUCAGUCAGAAAGCGCAGCAACAUACAUAUUUCGCUACAGUCACGUUUCCAAGCAGGACAAUCCCACUCAAACAUGGGUUCGUCAUAGCAGUAAUGUUGAUUAUGGCUUUGGAGCACCAUUGGCAAAUUUAACAUCACAAUCGUUCAACGAUGAGGAUCGCAAUGUCAGUCACUUUAUUAUGAAAUCUUACAGCAACUUUGUGAAAUAUGGUAAUCCUACGCCUGACCCAAUAGAUGGUGUUAAGUGGACAAAAUACAGCAGAGAAAACGGUGCCUUCUUGGAUCUGAAAGCCAAACCUGAAAUGGCUUACAAAUUUCAUCCCAGUAGAAUUGCAUUUUGGAAUUUCUACUUCCCUAAAUUACUUCAAGACCGCUGCACUAUUCCACCUCGGAGCAACGCAACAACUCAACCUGGACAGGGAAGCACUUGUUGUUGUUCGCAUGUUGCCUUUGCUUUUUCCCUWGUUAGUUACCUCUUGGCAUUAAUUAUACAAAAAGCUCUUGUGGCUAAUACAAACAUAUCGUGUCUUGAGGUCAAUUUGUUGUCGAUGUCUUGGUUUACAGUUCUAGCGUUGGCUUGCGUACUCAUUGCGCCUGCAUGGACAAGCGUAGUGGUUUUAACAAAACAUGGCUUCAUCAAGGGGAUUCAAGAAACUAUCUCGUACGAGGGCCAGAAGCAAGCUAUCUACAAGUUCCUGGGCGUUCCAUACGCUGAAAAACCAAUAGGAACCCUUCGCUUCAAACGCCCACAGCCCCUCAAGAAAUGGUCGCAUAAUGUUUAUAAUGCCACGUAUUUCCGUCCAGUAUGUAUACAAAACUUGAGGCAUUACAAGAAYUCCAUCAAGUUAGCAUGGCCUGAUUUCAACAAGGAGAAAGGAGUCGAUGAGGAUUGUCUUUAUCUCAAUAUUUACACACCAACAACAAUCCUUGGUAAAAGAUAUCCUGUAAUGGUGUACAUCCAUGGAGGAAGCUUCGUGGCAGGCACUCCAGUUCGUGAUGUAUCUCCCGGCGAGUUCAUACCUAUGGGAGGAGUCAUUUUGGUAACCGUACAGUAUCGCCUUGGAGUCCUUGGGUUUUUUAGUACAGGAACACCAGAAGCACCAGGAAAUGUUGGACUACUAGACCAGGUACAAGCACUUGAGUGGGUUCAACAAAACAUUGCAAGUUUUGGAGGGGAUCGCAACAAGGUAACUGUAUUAGGAGAAAGUGCAGGUGGAGCGAGUGUGACAUUCCUCUAUUUGACACCCCUCUCAAAAGGGCUAUUCCACCGUGCAAUUGCUAUCAGCGGAGUAGAUUUUUGUCCCUUUGCUAUUAAAUCGAAGAAAGAGGUCUUGAAUUUGAGUGCAAAUGUGGCUAAAAGCUUGGCAUGUUCUUCUGGAUCGUCAUCUGCGAUGCUAAGGUGUUUGCGUUCUGUACCAUUCUCAGUCUUGAUGUCCGAGGAUGUUCAGGGUUUAACGCCGUUUGUCGACUCAUACUUUCUACCGGACGAUCCAAAGAAAAUGCGCAAAGAAGGACGAUUUCACAAACUUCCAUUGAUGACAGGCUUUGUUAGCCAUGAAGGAUCGUUUAUCUUGAAUGGCAGACAACCAGAAUAUUCCAGAGAAGGAUUUAUCAAGUACGUUAAAGGUUUCAUACAGCGUAACUAUCCAAAUAUCCAGACGUUUGCAUCGGACGCUGUGCAAUUUCAGUAUACUCCAUGGAUUGAUGUCAAUGAUGCUAAAAAGAUUCGUAAAAAGCUGGUAGAAAUGCUGACUGAUUUCUUCAUUAUCGCACCGACCCAUGAUAUGCUAACGUUGCACAGCAAAAGUGAUUCUCUUUCCUACUUGUUUGAAUUCAAUCAUAGAUCGAAACUCAAGAACACUACAAUCCACCCAGAAUGGAUGGGCGUAGUACACGGCGAUACAACACCAUACAAGUUUGGUGCACCACUUCUCAACACUAAUACACUGGAACAAUUUGAUAGUGAUGAUAAAAAAAUCAGUGAUAUGCUUGUCCAGCUCUAUCUGAACUUUGCAAAGUUCGGGGAUCCCACCCCUACACCUGUGUAUGGCGUUACAUGGAAUGCGUACAAUUCGUCUAACAAAGCUUAUCUAAAAAUCAACAAGAAACCGAGGAUGGCAAUCAACUACCAUCCUGCAAGAAUGGCUUUCUGGAAUGAGUAUUUCCCGAAAUUCAUCCCAUCAAAUCCUUCUCGACCCAGCCCUGRCAUUCUCGGGUCCCGAAGCAGUGCUAAGCGACUUAAAUCAAGUGCCCUGUCAUAUAUCAUGUUGCUAAGUUACACUUUGCUUUGGAACCUGAAAUAAAUAACGAUCCGUAUCCGUAACAUUGACACUGAUCUCUCAUGGAUUCUUCUUGACCAGACUACCCGAGUACCCGACCACCCGAGUACCCGACCACCCGAGUACUACGAAACAAGCACAAAACCAUGAACAAUGGUUGUUGAUCUUUUCUGGACAUUUUUACAGAACUUCACCUCUUGAUGAUAUCUUGAUGAUAUCUUGAUUGACUCGUUUGUACAUAGGUACGUUUGCUGUACAAUUUACAAUAUUUGAUAUUCCAAACAAUAAUAAUCAGUCGCAUCUGUAGCGUUAAUCAAUAUUGUUUUCUUUAGGAAAAAAAUAAGCGUUUUUUAUUUGUUUUUAUAUCAUUUGCAAAAUUCGGUAGAUGGGAAAAGGAUUAACACCAUCAAUUUAGGGAAGGACGUGUCGAUAGGUUGCAAGUGGAUUUCCCAAUGAAMGAAAUUCAUGUGAUUUUUGUAAUCAAUCUAUGAAUGCAGUCGCUAUAAUUCCAGUGAUAUUUAUUAUCAAUUUAUAUCGUUGUAAACUAUGAACUUAACAUACAUAAUAAAUAUUUACUCGUCGCUA